AUGGGGCUUUUUUCAUGCCUAAAGGGAAAAAACAAGCGCCGCUCGAAGCAGAAACCGUCGGAUCGCUCCGAAGAGCGGCCUCCGACUGAAGAGGGCGACGAUGUCAUCGUCCUGUAUCCGCUGUACGAUCCGCGAAGGCUAGUCGCGAAGGGUGAAGAGCCUCGCCUUCUGGAUCAGACCGAGAGGAACGGCGGCGGUCUCUCAGAGCCAGGGAAUGGCUUGAAAGGCCACAGUCUCAGCAAGCAGCUGACGGAGAUUCCAAUCGAGAUGCGCAGCGGCGAGGGAGUCCUCGUGCCGCACAGCGAAACUGAUCAGAUGGAAGAUGAACUCCUCGAAGACCAGGAUAUAGCCGACGCUUCCAGCGAUAGCCCUCUAGAAAUACCCCGCGGCGAUGAGUCCCCCCUCUCCGCUAGCUCCAUGGAAAACGCCCUCGCAGCCUUAGGGGCCCCCUUCAAAUCCCCUGCUCCUCCCUCCGCAAGAAGACGGCAAGACACCACUGCCUCGCGGCUUCCUCCGCCGGACGAAACUCCGCCUGCAGCGCCCCCGCGGCAAAUCCCCCCAGUGCACGGCAAGGAGGAGCAAACGCCAUGCCCUGCAACAGCGCAGCCGACGCGUGCAGAAAGUUCUCCCCCCCCUCCUGAGACUCCCGCAGCGGUCCUUCCUUCACAGGCUCAGCCCUCCGUGGCACCACCUCCUAGCGCCUCACCGCCUGUAGGGACGCCUCGAGAGCCUCUGUCGUCUCCGACGUACAGCCGUGCGUCGUCUUCCCGCAACAGCAGCAGGAGCAGCAGCAGCAGCAGGAGCAGCCGCCGAAAAGGGAGGAAGGUUUACGACAUCGAAACCGUUCCGACGGCUCCCACAACGCCUCGAAACAUGCGCGUUCUUGAGUGCAGCAAACAGCCGCGCUUGCUGCUGCUGCAGCCGCACAUCCAGCCACACCCAGCCACAAUCCGCAUGCAGCGGGAAGGCCGGCGCACAAAGCUGCGCUGCAAACAGCUGCAGCUAGCCAUCGACAUGUAUGCUGCACGGGGCGGCAUUGACCUUUUCAAAGUGCCGUCGCACGACACAGAAAACUGCGAACCAUGCAGGUUCUCAGACUUCACCGACACGCCCCUUCUCUGGUAG